AUGUUAAGAGUAUCUAGUGGUAGAAUACUAAGCCAAGUCAGAGUGGCAAUGCCUCAUUCAACCUACGUGUUACGUCAAUUGAGCACAACUGGUGUGUGCCAGACUUUUGAACCUUCCGACAAGCUAGGGCUGCAAGAUGUGAACGAAAAUGUGCUAAAGGCCAAGUACGCAGUGAGAGGUCGCAUUCCGCAAAGAGCAGAGGAGCUCAAACGGCAGCUUGCAGACAAGCCCUCGUCGCUACCUUUCUCUAAGAUCAUUAACGCAAACAUUGGAAACCCACAGCAAUUAGAUCAAAAACCAUUGACGUUUUACAGACAGGUGCUUUCGCUGCUGCAAAACCCGGAUAUGGUAUCCCAAGUGCCUCGCGAGAAACUCACGCAGAUUUAUGCCCCUGAUGCGGUUGACCGUGCCAAAAGAAUGCUGGACGACAUUGGAGGGUCCGUUGGUGCGUAUUCGCAUUCACAGGGUGUGCAAGGCUUCCGUGAGACGGUUGCGGAGUUUAUUUCCAAGAGAGAUGGAGUCCCCGCUUCUGCAAACGACAUUUUUUUGACCGCCGGUGCUUCCGCUGCAGUUGCCAACAUCCUUUCCAUUCUCUGUAGGGGGAAGGAAACGGGUGUUUUGAUUCCAAUCCCACAAUAUCCGCUAUACACUGCUACUUUGGCUUUGAACGAUUCUCAUGCUUUAGCGUACUAUCUGGAUGAAGAAUCCAACUGGUCAACAGACCCUGAACAAAUCGAACAUGUGGUAAAAGAUGCUCAAGCGAAGGGAAUUACGCCAACGUGCCUCGUUGUCAUAAACCCAGGAAACCCUACCGGUGCAAUUCUUUCCGUCGAGGCGAUCGAAAAGAUUUUCAGCGUCGCUGCCAAGCAUGGAAUCGUUGUCAUCGCAGAUGAAGUAUAUCAAGAAAAUGUGUUCCACGGUGCAAAAUUCCACUCUAUGAAACAAGUCUUGAGGAAUCUUCAGAAGAGAUAUCCUGGGAAAUAUGACAAUGUCCAGCUUGCUUCUCUUCAUUCCACUUCCAAGGGCGUUUCUGGUGAAUGUGGUCAAAGAGGUGGAUAUAUGGAACUUGUCGGGUUUUCAGAUGAAAUCAAACAGGUAUUUUUGAAAUUGGCUUCUAUCUCCCUAUGCCCAGUCGUUACAGGACAAGCAUUGGUUGAUUUAAUGGUAUGUCCUCCACAAAAGGGUGAAGAUUCUUACGAGCAGGAUCAAAAUGAACGGACGAGUAUUCACGACGCGUUGGAUCAAAGAUCCAGUUUGUUAUACGAAACUUUCCAGAGACUGGAGGGUAUUUCUUGUCAAAAGCCACAGGGUGCCAUGUAUCUUUUCCCAAGAUUAGAAUUACCUCAGAAGGCCAUCCAAAAAGCUCAUGAGCUGAAUAUCGAACCAGAUGAAUUUUACUGCCAGGAACUGCUGGAGGAAACCGGUAUAUGUACCGUCCCAGGUUCAGGAUUUGGUCAAGUUCCAGGCACCUACCACCUGAGAACCACCUUCUUGGCACCUGGAACAGAGUGGAUCAAGGCAUGGGAAGAAUUCCAUAAAAAGUUCUACCACAAGUACCACGAUUAG